AUGGCUGCACAGCAAAGUCAAAGCACUGACUUACAGAAACGAUCCGUGGUCUCUUCCUUCAUCUUCACUGGCACCGAUGAUAGCCUGCGGGUGGCGUUAUUCCGACGCAGCCAACAAACUAGAACAUACCAAGGCCGUCUGGCCCCAAUAUCGGGAACGAUCGAGAAUAGCGAAUCACCAGUCCGCGCUGCAUGGAGAGAACUCGAGGAGGAAACACGCCUAACGGCCCGCGAAGUGACAUUGUGGCGACAAGGCAACCCGUUCACCUUCGAUGAUAUCUCAGCGGGACGACGAUGGACAAUUCACCCCUUUGCAUUUCAACUGCGGCUCAAGGCACAAGACAAAAUCCAAAUAGACUGGGAGCAUGACGGGUGGGACUGGUACGAUCCGAACAAAGUCACUGAUGAUGAGACAUUCAAUGGUGUUCCCCGUCUAGUUGAGAGUCUAAGACGAGUUUGGUUCGAAAUGGAGAUGAACUCAGCAGCAAGUGAAGCCCUCCGCUCGGGUCUGUAUCAAUUGAAAACAGACCACCAAAGCGGAUCCCACGAGUUGACUUCCAUUGCUGUGACGGCUCUUCGGGAUGUCCUUGUACAUCUUCGAGGCGAUAGGAAUUGGUGGGCUACCACAUGCACAGCAGCAUGGCAUCUAUGGAAGAACGGGCGAGAAAGUAUGGGCUCGGCAACACUCAAUGCAUUUCUCAGUAUUCUUGCCGAUAUCGAAACUAUUCUCCCUCUGACGCUGGAAAAUGAGUCCUCAUGGGACCGUAUCCUGGCAAUGGUUGAUCACCACUUGGAGGCGCGCCGGGAGAUCCCAACACGAAUUAAGGAGACCUUUGUCAAGUAUCUCCAGGACAGCUUUCCCUCAGCUGCAGAACACGGGUCCAAGGACACCCUCACCAUCCUCACGUUAUCUGCCAGUUCCACAAUUCGGGAAAGCAUCAUUGAUGCCUUUUCGUCUCUUUCGAUAUCAACUCUGGACCUACGUAUCCUAGAGUCUCGACCCCUAUUCGAAGGGGCUGCUAUGGCUUCAACGCUGCUAUCUUCGUUUCAAUCAAAGCACCUAGCCGCAUCCGGUCGGCAUCUAAAGUUGACGAUCUACACCGACGCAUCAGCAGCUAUAGCUGCAUCCGAUGCCGACUUUGUGCUUCUUGGAGCUGAUAGCAUAUCGUCGUCUGGCUGGGUCAGUAACAAGACUGGCUCUUUACCCGCUGUUCUAAGUGCGAAGCAUAUAAGCCCCGGCGUGAAAGUACUCAUAUUAAGCGCAGUGGACAAAGUCGCUCUGCCAGUCGAGUUGGAGCAUGAGGGUGAACAAGAAUAUAAUGAUCCCGUGGAAGUUACGACGCCUUGGGCUGGCAGCGGCGUGAGAGGCAUCGAUUUACUUUACGAAGGGAUUCAAGGAUCCCCUCCCAAGACAGCGAAUUGCCGUGUUAUGGUCAAUAACAUAUAUUUUGAAUGGGUUCCUGCUGGUCUGAUAGAUGGAUAUUUGUGUGAGCAUGGCUUCUAUUUUGUGGCUGACAUUCGGAAGAAGGCAGACGAGGUGAAGAAGAAUGCUGAUAGGUAUUUCGGGCUUGUUGUAAGCGAUUGA